CCUGUCGCAGUAGACUCGUCCAGGUGAGACACACUCGCCAAGAUGGCGACUCAAACGCUUUUCAAAGUUGGCUUCUUCUGUGCUAUUACAGCCUUCCUGUUGAUGUUUCUGGCCUUUGCCACACCAUAUUGGUACAAAUCAUGGACCCGUGUUCACAGUCCGUUCUCCAACAUCGGGUUAUGGCACGUUUGUCUUGCGGGGUACAUCCAGCCCAAGGACCCCAACAUGAAGUCCUAUGUCGGCUGUUGGUGGAUCCACUCCUCCGAGUUCAGCCAAGUCGCUAAUCAAAUUCAACCAUCAUGGUUUCGUGGAAUCCAAGCUCUGUCCAUCUUCACACUGGUAGCAGACCUGGUGGGAGGCCUCCUGCUGUUGUUUUACCUGCCGGACAUCAUGUACAAGAAGUUGUACGCCGGACGCAGAGUGAGCAUCCUCUUUGCUGGAAGCAUCAUGGAGUUAAUUGCAGCAUUUCUGGUGUUCCUCAUCGCCCUGGUGUUUGCGGAGAUGUCCAAUGACCCGACCUGGAUGCCGAGACCGUGGAUGAACUACCUGUCCUGGAGCUACGGUCUGUGUGUCCUGUCCGGCUUCUUCUCCGCCUUCGCUGGCAUGUUCACCUUCAUCAUGGGCCUCAUCUUCAGGGACAAGGAGCGUGGCAUCAUCGGCAGCGACACACUGGACACUCGACUGGAGAAGAUGAAGCAGAAGGAGAUCGAGGCUCGAAAUCGAAUGGCUAAUGGUCCACCACCAUCGUAUGGUGGCUCCGAACCUGUGGGUCCAGGUUACCGCGACCCCAGCAUGGGCUACCCAUCAAGUGGUUACCCAUCAACAGGAUAUCCGUCUGCGCCACCAGGGGGUUACCGCGACCACAGUGUCGGGGGUCCACCCAGCGUUGGAGGUUACCGUGAAGACUAUAGACAACAGAAAGAAUAUGACAGCGGUUCCAUGGCCAGUAGUUAUCGUGAUGAGAAACCAAGGCCGUACCCUGAAGCACACCAGAGGAUGGCCUAUGGCCAGCCAAGAGGGGCCCACUACCGCCAUGGACCACCCAAGAUAGACCAAGGUUACAAAGUCCGGACAGGAAGUGAUAGCAGUAAUGCUGGUAGCCGGGGGAAAGUGGACGAAUCGGUCGUAUAGAGGACCAAGCCUCAGGUGCUAGAACUGUGUCCUGAAAAAUGUCCGCAAGAGGAUGCAAGUGAGAGGACAGGUUGCCAUUGUAAAUAGCUCAUUUUUGAACAUACUGAAACCAACAUGAUAAAUAGACAUGAUCAAUACAACACUCCAUCAGAAUUUUAGAAAGUCCAAUAUCUCCUUGCCAACUGAUGGUACAAUUAUUUCUCAUUAAUACGUUUCAGUUGUAAUUACUUACUGCUUUUAGGAAAAAAGUUCAAAAUAUAAAGAUCAAAUAUUAUGUGUUGUUGCAGAUUUUAUUGAUAAAUGCAUAGUCCGGUUCAUCUUCACCAUGAUCUUUGUGCUGUACAUGCAGGAUAAUCUUUAUGUGUUUCAUGUUAUAGGUAUAAAUAUCAUUUCAGGUCUUCUUUGCUCUUUCAAACCUGCUGUGAAUCUCUCCAUUUAAUGUUAAAACAAUACAAAUUUUGCUUGUUUCUGCCAAGAAUCCCCUAUAAUCCCAAUGUGCCUAUAAUGCUUAAGAUAUUGAUCCAACUACAUUUGACCAUCACAAGAAGACAAACAAACCAACAGGGCUCCAGAGACGUAUUUGAUCUGUUGAAUAUUUGGUAUGUUAUCAUUCACAUUAGUAUUAAUAGUUUCUUUGAGUAUUCAAUAUAUUUUUUACUCUCCUCGGUCCAGUCUAUUGGGUUUUGUAACUUUUUGAACAAUAAUCUACUUCUGUGCUGUGCACGUAACUUGUAAAUAUCAUGUCUUCGUGGGCUGCUUCAAGUCAGUCACAUGUCGCAUAACCUUAAAAGUGAUAUACAUGUCUAAGUUACAAUAAGCGAGAUUUUGUGCAUCUGUGCAUUAUUCACUGCAGUAGAGUUCAUGUAUAUACAUGAUGCUGCAUUCAGUCAGUAACAGAAGAUCUGUGUAGAUAUAUCUGAAAAGCUACAUUGGGUAAUUGCGAACACUGUUCUUAUGCUAUUGGGUUAGCAAAUUUCUUAAUGCAUAUUUGUACAUUAAUUGGGUAAUGGUAAUUAGUAGCUUAUCUGGAGCUCUGAAAUCAAUACAUUGAUUCAAAGGUUUGUUUUGCCUUAUUUCAUUAGAACUCAUUUGCUUGAGAUCCGUUUCCUCUUUCCUGUUUAUUUGUUUAGUGGAAGUUACCUCCCUUGUUCACAUUAUCUCCCUUGGUUGAUAGAACCUUGUUGCUCUUUCUACUAGGUUUGAUUAAGGAUGUGAAAAUGUAAACACGUCAAGGUAUUCAAUGCUCAGUAUUUGACAGUGAUGCCGACUGAGUGUAGUUAGUGUAUUGGAACCAGAAAUAUGAUUAAUAACCUGAACACGUUCUUGAUUUCUUGAAGAAACUUGAUGCUGUAAAAUUGCUAAGAUGAAAAGAUGACAACAAAAUAAAAGUGAUACAUUCAUGAUAACAUGCAUUGUAAAUACCAUUGUCAUUUUUUAAUCAUUCUGUACAAUAACUACAUUUCUUUUUAAGACUCUAGCAAUAGUAUGAUUUGUACCAUGUAAUUUUUUUAUAUAACUAUGUAUAUUUUUGCAUAAUAAAAUUUGCAAAGAUAA